UCUCUCUUACGAAUAGAAAAUGAAAAAUGAAAGCACAAAGGAGCGAUUACUUCCACUUCCUCUGUGUAGUUUAAAACCCUAAUCAUCGAUCCCUUCGGCGUUUCUCUCUCUACAAUCUGAAUCUCUCUCUCUAUCUUUCUAGAAGCUUCGAUCUCCGAUUGCUGAAUCGAAUCCGCAGAUCCGCCGGUGGCUCAUAGCUUUCGAUUUCCUCGCGGGUGGGUUCGAUUCGGGUCCGUUCUGGCGGGUAUUCGGGUCAAGUAAAUGUUCCGUCAAAGCAGAGUGAUAGGGUUACAGUGCUGUGACGAUUGUUAUUGUUGUUGUUGUUAUUGUUUCGAAGAAGAAGAAGAGAAGAAGAGUGAAGCAUGCUGAACGUGCUGCGGGUGCACCUUCCUUCUGAUAUUCCCAUUGUAGGCUGCGAGCUCACGCCGUACGUGCUCCUGCGCCGCCCCGACAAGAACCUUACUACCGAUGAUGUUCCCGAGACCGCCCCCUUAGAUGGCCAUUUCAUGCGUUACAAGUGGUAUCGUGUACAGAGUGAUAGAAAGGUUGCUGUCUGUAGCAUACAUCCAUCUGAGCAGGCCACAUUGCAGUGCCUAGGUUGUGUUAAGGCCAAAAUACCCAUUGCCAAAAGCUACCAUUGCACUCCAAAGUGUUUUUCAGAUGCCUGGCAGCAUCAUCGUGUCUUACACGACCGUGCUGCAAGUGCUGCUAAUGAAAAUGGAAAGGAGGAGGACGAGGUAUUUGGGCGAUUUAAUAGUUCAGGGUCUGGAGUAGUUACUUCGAGCUUAUCUGCCUCUGCAUCAAGUGCUAGCUUGACGAAUGGGUCUGCAGCACCUUUGUAUCCAGCUGCUAUCACACAAAGAAGUGGUGAAACUUGGUUUGAAGUUGGGCGAUCUAAGACUUAUACCCCAACUGCUGAUGACAUUGGUCAUGUCCUUAAGUUUGAGUGUGUUGUAGUUGAUGCAGAGACAAACCUGCCUGUGGGGCAUGUUAACACUGUAGUAACUUCUUGUGUCAUUCCUGCUCCCUCGCCUCCUCCACGCCGGCUGAUACCUGUUGAUAAGAUUGGGCAUUUAGAUGCAGAUGGGCGCGUGACAUCUUCUGGAACUUUUUCUGUUCUAUCAUAUAAUGUAUUGUCAGAUUCAUAUGCCUCAAAUGAACUAUACAAUUACUGCCCAUCAUGGGCUCUUUCAUGGCCAUAUCGCAGGCAAAAUUUGUUAAGAGAAAUUGUUGGCUACCGUGCUGACAUUAUUUGUCUUCAGGAGGUUCAAAGUGACCAUUAUGAUGAAUUUUUUGCUCCUGAACUGGACAAACAUGGCUAUUAUGGGCUUUACAAGAGAAAAACAAACGAGGUAUACACUGGCAACCCCAAUACAAUUGAUGGUUGUGCGACAUUUUUCCGUAGAGACAGAUUUUCACAUGUGAAGAAAUAUGAGGUUGAAUUUAAUAAGGCUGCACAGUCUUUAACCGAUGCUAUGAUUCCGACCACUCAGAAGAAAACUGCCUUGAAUCGACUGGUUAAGGAUAAUGUUGCACUAAUAGUCGUUCUAGAAGCAAAAGUUAACAAUCAGCCAGUUGAUAAUCCUGGAAAAAGACAGCUUCUUUGUGUGGCAAAUACACACGUAAACGUCCUCCAAGAUUUAAAGGAUGUCAAACUCUGGCAAGUGCAUACUCUCUUAAAGGGGUUGGAGAAAAUAGCUGCAAGUGCAGACAUUCCAAUGUUGGUUUGUGGAGAUUUUAAUUCAGUUCCGGGAAGUGCUCCUCAUGCACUUCUUGCAAUGGGAAAGGUAGAUCCCUCACACCCCGAUUUAGCAGUUGACCCACUUAGUAUUUUACGCCCUCACAGCAAGUUGGUUCAUCAGUUGCCACUGGUCAGUGCAUACUCGUCUUUUGCAAGAACAGUUGGCCUUGGAUUUGAGCGGCAUAAAAGGAGACUGGAUGGCGGAACAAAUGAACCUUUAUUUACAAAUGUCACUAGAGAUUUUAUUGGCACUCUAGAUUAUAUAUUUUACACAGCGGAUUCAUUGGUUGUGGAAUCAUUAUUGGAGUUAUUGGAUGAAGAGAGUUUGAGAAAGGACACUGCUCUUCCUUCACCUGAAUGGUCCUCAGAUCAUAUAGCUCUCUUAGCUGAGUUUCGCUGCUGCAAGAAUAAAUCUAGGCGUUGACACUUGAUGGUCAGAUCCACAGACACGUAAAGAAAAAGGCUGAAAGAAGCAUUUGGUUGGUAAUUAAUUGUAAGAAUGGUAGAUCAUGCCUAUCUUUUCCAGGUAUCUCCAUGUGGGAUCCUUGCAAUGAUCUGCUUUGUAUUGUGUCACCUUUAUCUCAUAGAAAAAUUAUUAUUGUGUCAUAUUAACUUGCCUCUUUAUCACUCCUACACAACCUUUUUCUUUUUCCCGCCUCUUCUAAUCCUUUUCCUUCCAAAAGUCAAAAUUUUCUUCAUAGAAGCACACUGGGUCGAUACCUCCUAGCAAACAACCAAGUCCUUCCGACAUAGUGGCUGCUGAGCCUAGGGCUCUAAUAUCUCCUAUAUAUGUAGUGAUAAUCUUCAAACUUAGGUAACUUUUUAAUUUGCUCUGAUCGUCAGAAACUUGACAAAUUUGCAAUGGCAUAAUUGAUAAUGAAGUAGAAGAAUUCGCCCCCAUAGGGAGGUGAGUUGCUUAACAUGGUCAUGACUGUAGCCACAUUUGUUACAACAUAGGAAGAGAUGCUUGCUAAUUAUUGUAAAAAUGGGCAUGACAAGUCAAAUACUUGAUUUUUUGGCUAUCCCUUUUUAAUAUAUUGGUAGCAGGUGAGCAUUCAAUCCAUGUGUUACUAGAAAAUUAUUUGGAUGUUUUCCAAGUAUAAUGUGAUAAAAUGCAUAUAUAGUGCUUUAGCAGACUGAUUUGUUGGGAUUAUUCUCUAUUUUGAUUUCACUUUUUUUACUUUUUGGCCACUGUUUAUCACCAGAAUCAUCGAACUUCAAUUUUUUGUUUGUUUAAGCCAUUUGUGGAUGUAUGUGGACUGUGGUGUGUCCUAUAAUUGAUUAUUUGAAUGAUACGCAAUCUAAUAGAUGUUUCACAUAUU